UAAUGUUAAUUAUCAAAAUAACUUUAGAGUAGGACAAAAUCCUGGACUUUACUAGCAUUUUUGAUGCAUAUUUUAAGGGAGACAAUUUGUAUUGGUUAACGUGUGCUUACUACAUAACUUAUAUAAAAUCAACAUUGUAACCUGGGCUAGUAAAAGCUGAUUGUCCAAGUGUACAUUCAUCAAAUCUUCUUUGAAAAAGUAAAACUAAGAUAUAUCAACUGCAUAUUUUAGUAAAAACCAUGGAAUAUAACAAGACUUGACAAGGAAAUGAAAAGUUGGAACAAAAGUUUCUAUUCCUGCUGGGAUACAUAAGGUUUACUUUGGUAGCACAUUUCUUAGUGGAGAUUAAAUUAACAUCAGCCCAAAAACCAUAUCCAAGAAAAUUGUCAAAGUCAUUGCAUUGUUGAAACCAUCUAAUAGAGAAAUAAAAGAAAUUGAAUACAAGCUAGGUGUAGAAACAAGACAAAAAAUAAGGAGUGAAAGCAAGUGAUCAGUGUUGUCUUAAAAAUGUCACAAAGUUACUGUUUUAGUAAGAGACAUGCACAAAUUGUGAGCUUUAAUUCAUUUUAAGCCAAGCCAUUCAGUGUGUUUUGCAUUAAAGUCUCCAAUAACAACUGUUUUGUUGUUUCGUGUAGCUGUUUAAAAAAGCAAGUUAAUAUGCCUUAAAAAUAUGUUUUCUUAUCUGCAUAAAUGGAGAAGAUCAAUCAACUUCAAAAGAUUUACGUGAUUUCUCUUGGUGUCUCUAUUUACAAGUCAAAGGCAGCCAAAGAAUUUAAAAAAUAAAAUGAGCAAGCAAUUGGUGUCGUUUGACUAUGCCAUCAAGUAUCUUUUAAAAGAUAAAGACAAUCACAUAAUUAUUGAAAGCUUUGUUUCAUCAGUUUUCAAGACCUGUGGCUAUAGCAAUAUAAAAAUAGUCCAGAUGCUUGAUGCAGGAAGCAAUAAAGAACAUUUUAAAUCUAAAAGUAGUUUAGCCGACUUAAUUGUCGAAGACGAAAAGCAUCGUUUUUAUGUUGUCGAAAUUGACAAAAGCUAUAAACAAUCGUAUAUUCAUAAAGCGCUGUUCAAAACCUCAAGGUUAUUCGUGGACAGUAUUGCUGAAUGUGCAGACUAUAUUAAAAUUAGUAAGAUAUUUCAUAUCUCUCUCCUUUUUUUCCAAAUUGGAAACGAUACUGUAUAUCAUGGCAAGUUGAAUUUUUUUGGUUUAAGUACAGGGGAAAAACUAACGUCUUGCUAUAAUAAUUUAAACCAUUUGGAAGUAAGCGACGCCACCCAAAUUUUUCCCGAAUAUUUAGUUAUAUCAAUACCAAAUUUUAACGACUGUGUUGAGAAAGAACUCGAUGAGUGGCUAUUUUUAUUAAAAAAUGACCGUGUUCCACCAAAUUGCACUUUAAAUUGUGUAAAAAUCAUUAAGGAGAAGUUGAGUAUCCUAAAAAUGCCAGAACAGGAACAAUAUAAGUAUUUGUCCUAUAAAACUAAAAUUAUUGAUAAAAAAGAGAUUUUAAAAUCUGCUACACUAAAAGGUAAAGAGGAAGGUAAAGAGGAAGGUAAAAAGGAAGCUAUUUUAACAGUUGCAACAAACUUAUUGAAAGCUGGGUCAAACGUUGACUUUAUUUCAAGCAUGACUGGUUUACGGAGAAGUCAAAUUGAAAAUUUAAAUAAAUAAUAGCGCUCAA